GCUGCUAAAAGCUGCAUGGCCAGAUCUGGGGCUUUUCUUUCCUGUCCGUGCCCCCAGUGCUGCAAUGCACCACAUCACUGCGCUCACACGCGCUGCUUGUGCUCCAUCCACAUUCACAAGUGGAGCUGGACGCCUCUGGCUGCCAUUUCCCCGCACACUGAGGCCGUACAUUGUAUCGCUGCACACCCCGCUGUGUCACCCCGCCGCCACCUGCUGACAGGCACCACACGGGUCGGGUUCAGCUCUGCUGCCGUCCGCCCCCUCGUGACGUCAUCGCGGCGCGACGCCGUCCUUCCGGCCGGUCGCUCGGUGUCAUGGCGGCCGUCGGUGCUCUCCGUCAGACCGCCCGCCUGGCCUCGUCCAGCGCAGGUGCUGUUCCGGGCGGUCACCUUCGGGCUGAACGCGCUGACGCUGCGCUACCUGUCCAGGGAGCUCCUCGGCGUCGUCAGCGUGAGGCUGACGCUGCUCUAUUCCACCGCGGUGUUCCUGGCCAGGGAGGCGUUCCGCAGGGCCUGCUUGAGCGGCGGCGCGGAGCGGAGCUGGGCCGCGACCAUCAACCUGCUGUGGCUGACAGUCCCUCUUGGUGUCUUCUGGUCUGUUUUCCUGGGCUUCGUCUGGCUGCACGUACUUGAAGUUCCGGAUCCAUCCGUGGUUCCUCACUAUCAGGCUGGCGUGGUGGCGUUUGGCCUCUCUGCAGUUGUUGAGCUUCUAGGGGAGCCAUUCUGGGUUUUAGCCCAGGCUCACCUGUUUGUAAGGCUUAAGGUAAUUGCUGAAAGCCUUUCGAUAGUGUCAAAAUGCACUUUGACAGUUAUCUUAGUCAUCCUUUAUCCGCAAUGGGGCCUUCACAUUUUUUCCUUGGCUCAGCUUUUGUACACCAGUGUUCUGGUGCUGUGCUAUGUGGUUUGUUUUGCAAAGUUCUUGGGGUCUCCUGAAGCAACAAAGAAGUCAUUUCCGAUUACAAGAAUGAAAGGCCUGUUACCUAACUGGAUGGCGGAUAAGGCUUUCCUUAACUGGAAGGAAGCAUGGCUGACUUGGAGCUUCUUCAAACAGUCCUUCCUGAAGCAGAUUUUGACAGAGGGUGAGCGAUACGUGAUGACUUUUCUGAAUGUGAUAAACUUUGGCGAUCAGGGUGUGUAUGAUAUCGUGAAUAAUCUCGGGUCGCUGGUGGCCAGGUUCAUCUUUUUGCCUAUUGAAGAGAGUUUUUAUGUCUUUUUCGCUCAAGUAUUGGAAAGAGGGAAGAAUGUAAAGGAUCAGAAGCAGGAUGAUGUUGCUAUGGCUUCGAAUGUGUUAGAACUGCUGUUGAAGCUGGUGCUUCUGAUUGGCCUUACCAUUGCUGUUUUUGGAUGUGCCUUUUCUCAGCUGGCUCUGGAUAUUUAUGGAGGUUCAAUGCUCAGUUCUGGAACAGGUCCCGAUCUUCUCCGGUGCUACUCGUUGUAUGUCCUAUUUCUUGCUGUCAAUGGAGUAACAGAAUGUUUCACGUUUGCUUCGAUGUGCAAAGAAGAAGUGGACAGGUACAAUUUUGUUAUGCUGGCCUUGUCCUUCGUGUUCCUGUGCAUCUCUUAUUUCUUGACCCGCUGGCACGGAAGUGUUGGCUUCAUCCUUGCCAACUGCUUUAAUAUGGGUAUUCGCAUUGCUCACAGCAUCCAGUACAUCUAUGAGUACUUCAAGGAAAGCUCCUACAGACCUUUGACAGGCUUGCUUCCCUCACCGUUUUUAAUACUCGCUUAUGUCAUAAGUGGAGGAAUUACUGUUUAUUCAGAGGCAUUCUUCUGCUGCGAUAAGGGUUGGAUGUCAAGGCUGAUUCACAUCAGCAUUGGGGCGCUGUGCUUUGCAGCUACCACCAUUACCAUGUUCUGCACAGAGACCAAGCUGGUCCACUUUGUCAGAAGCCAGUUCCUCUCCCAGUAUAUGAAGAAAGGAACAUGAAAUGCUCGUGGGCAGAAUAAUUCUUGUUCGUGGCUGCAAUUAUGGAGGGUUGUAUUCUUUGCACGGGUCUGCCUGGAUAAAGGUUUCCACAUGAGUUUGUUGGAAGUAUUGAUAGUGACAGUAUAAGUGGUUGCUGACUAAACUACUCUGUACAGUGAAAGAGAGCCGAGUAAUUUUCUCUUCAUGCAUCAUUCGUUCUUAGCUUUUCUUCCAACAGCCUCGUUGGUGAUGAAGGUCUGUAGUGCACCUGCCUGACAUGAACUGAUGGCCAGAAUUAAUGUGGGGAGCUCCAUUCUUACUGGUAGGGAGACAUAUAUGAAGGCAUUGUAUGGCUUACGUCUUAAUUAACAUGUAAUUAAGAAUACCCUUAUUGAGGAUGGUGGGCUGUUGAAAAAGUUAGCAAAGAAAUGGUUUGAUGUUGAAAAACAAAAACCAGAACCAAAACCUGAAGCAAACACUGGAGCGAGGACCAAGCACGAAACCAGUACCAAAGUGGAACGUAAUGCAGCGCAGAAAAACCUGAGUUAUCGGUGCCCUGAAGUGAGAAGCAUUAAACAGACAGUUCUGGUACUUGCAGGGAAGCUACUGGAAUAUGCAGCGUGUCCAAGUCCAAGCUGGCUGUGUGAGUUUACUUCUGUCAGCAUCAUUCAUGUAAGGAGAGAAUCGAUUAGCUUGUCAGAAAUGCUCUGAAGCUUUUCUCUAGACAGAAGUGUGGUGGGUUUUUGAGCAGUGCCGAACAACAGCUGUGAAUUACAGUCACGUCCAAGUUCCAGAAGGUAGAGUUAAAUAUCAUUGACUUCACUGCUGUUCUGUUCCUACCUGAGGUGAUCAGUGCAGUUAUGAGCAGAUUUGUCUCGCCUUUCUGCAAAGUGGAACGUUGUGUAUGUUGAAUGAGAUUUCCUUCUGGGUUUGUGCGUGUUGGAUCUCUUGCUUUUGGAUUAAAAAAAUGCUGCUUUUUCUUACAACGAGGUUUUUCAUCUGGUUGCUCCUUUUUGUGUUUGUUAUAAACCUUUGUGUUGAUUUAAUUUAUUGAAAAUGUCAAUGCUCAGAAGCAAUAAAGCAUUGAAUUUUGUUUCCUAA